GAGAUUCUUUCUUCCAGCUAAUGGGCCCUUGAAUUCUAGAAAAUGCUCAAAUGAAUGGGUAUGCGUAUGCAUUCUACUCUGCAUGCGAAGCCCCCGAUAAACCCAGAGCACCCCACUCGACAACCCCUUGGUCCUUGCAGACGGAAAUCAACCGACCUCCCCCAUACACCCUAGCAUAUCAGCAAACUCCGGACAUCCCAGCCACAACACGGAGAUUGAACCAGCACGUCGAAAGGUACAUUGGAUUUUUGUAGCCUUUCCUUCGUGCAAUCGAUGUACCUUUCCGUCGCUUUCUUGCCUGGCUCAUAUUCGUAAAUCGCAUAUAGAGUUAAUCGGGACCGAAGGCCUAUUUCCAUUCGAUACCAAUUCCCA